UGACCCAGAUUCCAACCAUGCUUCUGUCUCGUUUGGUUUGGGAGGGGCUCAGUCAGUAUAUAUAUAAAUCCAGAUAUCCGAAGUGGAUCACUAAUUCUGAAAAUCAUUUUCAUCCUUUCACCGUUUCUUUGGAAAUUCGACACCAUGAUUAAAUUGGCACUCAGUUUUUCCCUAUUUGCCUUGGCUUUUGCUCAGUAUCGUUCUCAGAAUGAGCUGACAACUCCAUAUCCCAGAAACUAUCACCCACCGGCCCCAGUUCAUUACGUAAACAUUGGCCAAGAUCUGGCUGGAGAUUACAAAUUUGGCUAUGACACUGGCAAAGGACCUUUGGGACAAAGCUUCAGGGAAGAAACCCGUCUCCCAGACGGUACAGUCAAAGGCGCUUAUGGGAUCAUGGAUGAAAAUGGUCGCCAAAGAAUCAUCCGUUACACAGCAGGCAAAGCAGGUUUCAUGGCUGAGGGAGAUCUUGGCCCCAAUGGUGCUGCUGGAGUUGCUCCAGGACCAGCUCCACAACCAGCUCCAGCUUACAACCCUCCUCCCCAGCAAUACGCCGCACCAGCUCCCCAGCACUACUCUGCUCCAGCUCCCCAGCAAUACGCUGCUCCAGCACCUCAACAGUACAGUGCUCCAGCACCCCAACAGUAUAGACCAGCUCCCCAAGCAGCUAGAUACAACGAUGGACAAUGGGAUCCUAAAAAAGAUGAUCCUUACUAUGUAGAAGGACCAUCUUACAUCGAUGUAGAAAGAUUGUCUUACAAUAUCGGUACCGCAAAGCAGGGUUAAAUUCGAAUUAAUUUUUUUCUAGCAACAAAUUUGUAAAUGGUAUGUUGUAAAAAAUCGUUCUCUUUUCUUUGAGUAAUAUUAACUCAUAGCUUGAAAAGCAUCUAUAAAUUCUGAUAGGUUGAUGUUAACACUGGGAAAUGGCUUUCUUUAUAUGUCAUUUUUGGUAGCAUCAAUUAAUCAAAUUCUUCUGGUUAAAAUUAAAUAUAAUGAAAUUCUUAACAACCAAUGAAAAUAAUUAAAUUUCAUUAUUCAAUUAGAAUUUCAUUAUAAUUAAAUAUAAUGAAAUUCUUCAACAACACAAUCAUUUUGAUUACAACAAUUUAACCGAGAGGAUUUUAACUUUGCUCAGAAAUUUAUGAAACAUAGUUUAUUCAAAAGGACGUAUUUCUCACGUAUUUUUAAAAUAUGCGAGAGAAAAUCUUACGGAAUAACUUAUACAUACUGAUCACAUCUCAAGAAAUAAUCUCCCUCUUGAAUUUUUCUAACAAGAACUUUUAGAAAUUAAAAUACAAGAACACAUCAUAUUUCUUUAGAAAUAAAACUAAAGAAUAUUUAAGAGUAAAAAUAAGCCUAGAUUUAAAGGAUUAGUUAAAGUGGUUAAACUUGAUCGUAGCUUAAACCAUCUAAGUCAAAAACUUCAUAAUAAUUUAUUUUAUUUCAUAUCUGUGUAUAAGAAGUAUGUAGCAACAAAUAGUAGUAUCAGAGCAUUUUCUGACUUUCGAUAAAAAUUUCAUCAAAACGUUUUCUUUGAAGUUAUUGGUUUUAAAUCAAUGAUAAGAUUAGCUCAUCAUUUACUUUACUUGAUUUUCCCAACUGAUAAGAAGGAAAUAUCUUAUUCUUGCUGUGAUUGUAUUCAAUAUCUAUUAACAAUGACUGUCAAAGUCAAUUCCUUCUUGUACAUAUUUUAAAUAAAAAUAAUUUUUUU